AUGUCGAAGCAACCCCCUCAUCGCAUCUGGAUUGGGGAGGACCAGGAGGGGUUCUGGCAGGAGGUGGAAUACGAAUCUUGGCCAAAAUUUUGUGGAUUCUGUGUUCGUUUUGGACAUGACGACGGGGAAUGUUUUAGGCAACAUCCCGAUCUUAAACCUGUAAACAGGAUGGUUACGGCGAGAGGGAAGUCUAAGCAGGUUUACCGGGCUAAGGGUUUCAGUGACACUAAUGGGCCUGCUUUAGGGCUUCUGCAGAGUGGGGAGUGUCAUCAGCAGCCGGAGGGAGCAUUGCGGACGGCGUCGGAUCCGGAGGUGGGCCCUAUUUUGGUGGAGCCUUCUAUUCCGUCGGUAGCUGUUGAAGCGGUCGCUGGGGCUGAGAUUACUGACCUGGAGUUUCAGGAUGUCGAUCGCAUCCCAUUCAGUUCGGCGUGUCAGGGUCGGACUGCUAGGCAGAGGCAUAGACGUCUAUGUUCUGAUGGGGACAUACCGGGGGAGGCGGCGCCAUGGGAGCAAUUAAAACAAUUUCAGGCGGUGUUGCAUCAAAGGCUGUCCGCGGCUCAGACAGGCUCAAGAGAAAGGUGUGGGACGGAAAAUUUGGAAGGGUUGGAGCAGCCAGUGAAUGCGGAGCAUGGUCAUCCAGGAGCGAGACACAGGGGUGGUCGGCCGGCAAAAGCAGACACCAGUCAGGUGUGGAAUAUUCGUGGGGCUUCACGUAAAGAUUCCCUGCGAUAUUUAAAUAAGAUAUGCAAAACUAAUAAGAUUCGAUUGCUGGUUCUCCUGGAACCAUUGUCGGAGUCCCCACAACUUGAGGUGGUACGUCGGUUUCUUGGGUUUGAUAGGGCUUUGGGGGCAUUGAAUAACAAGGUGUGGGUCUUGUGGUAUAAUGAGAUGUCAUUGAGCUUCAGGGAAAUGGCGGAACAACUGCUUCACAUGACCAUCGAUUUCGCUUCUGGAUGUUCGGUGCAGUUCUCGGCAGUCUAUGCUCGGUGUACGAGGGUGGGCCGACGCGAGCUGUGGUCAGCAAUGGAAAGUUUGGCGGGCGAAGUGCAGGGGCCUUGGUUACUAGCAGGAGAUUUUAAUGUAAUCUCCUGUAUGGAGGAGCGUGUGGGAGGAGCCCCGGCUAAUGAAGCAAAUAUGGAAGAAUUCAAUGAGUCCAUUGGUAAUUGUGGUUUGGCUGAGGUCCCUUUUGAUGGUGCUGAAUUCACCUGGACGAAUGGGAGGAUGUGGCAGAGUUUGGAUAGGGCCUUAAUGAAUCGGGAGUGGGCGGAUGGGUAUGACCUCUCGCAUGUCUCACAUUUGGCUAGGGGACGUUCGGAUCAUGCUCCACUGCUGAUUUGUUGUCAGAAUGGGAAUCCCAGCAAACGGUCAUUCAAAUUUCUAAAUGUUUGGCGGCAUCAUGCAGGUUUCAAGGAUGUGGUGAAGAAGAGCUGGGAGAUGCCGGCGGAGGGUGAGGGUAUGCCGAGGUUUUAUAAUAAAUUACGGGCGGUUAAGGGUGGGCUGCAAGUAUGGAACGCCCAGGUUUUUGGAAACAUUUUCAAUAAGGUGAAGGCGGCUGAGGCAGUUAUGAAACAACGUGAGGAGGAGUUUGACAAUGAACGAGGGUCUGUUUCCAGGGCAGCGUUGGAGGAGGCAAAGGCGGUUUAUGCAAGGAGCUUGGCAGAGGAAUGUGAGUACUGGAGACAGAAGGCGGGCAUCAAAUGGUUACAGGUGGGAGAUGCUAAUUCGGCUUAUUUCCACUCUCGUUACCGCCAGCGCCGAAAUGUCAAUUUUGUGGCUCGCAUUAAGGAUCCGGCAGGCCCAUGGCUGGAGGAUAUUCAUGAUAUCAGGAGGUCUGCGGUGGAGUUCGUCUCCUCUUUGUUCUCUUCGGAACAACAUGGGUGGCAGUCGCCUGCCAUUCCCUUUACGAUGCCUAAAUUGUCUGCGGCAGAUAAUGAUAUGCUUUCGGCUGCUCCAGGCAUGGCGGAAUUACAGGAGGUGGUGCAUGGGUUGGAUGCUGAUAGUGCUCCUGGACCAGAUGGGUUUGGGGCAGGUUUUUACCAAGCUUGUUGGGAUAUUAUCAAGGCAGAUCUAUUGGAGGCGGUUCAGGCUUUUUUCCAGGGUAUGUGCUUGCCUAGGAGUUUUACUAGUACUUCGAUUAUUUUGCUGCCUAAGCUUGCAGGUGCCACGCGCUGGAAGGACUUUCGGCCUAUUAGUCUUUGCAACACUUGUACAAAAAUUAUUUCUAAGAUUGUGGCUAAUCGGUUGGGGAGAGUCCUACCUGCCUUAGUUUCACCAUGGCAAACGGGGUUCGUACCUGGUCGGGGGAUAACGGAUAACAUCCUUCUCACGCAGGAACUGGUGUUGGAUUUGGACAGGCGGUUGAGACAUCCGAACCUCAUAUUAAAAUUGGACAUGGAAAAGACGUAUGACAGGGUUGAGUGGCCUUUUCUGUUGUUUAUGCUUCGGCAGUUUGGUUUUGCAGAACAUGUGGUAGACAUAUUCUUUCGCCUGGUUUCCAAUAAUUGGUUCUCAGUUUUGGUGAAUGGGAAGGCGGCUGGAUUUUUUAAGGCUUCACGGGGUGUUAGGCAGGGGGACCCGGUGUCUCCUGGCCUUUUUGUGUUAGUUGCAGAAUUCUUAGGCCGCGGCUUGCAUCACCUCUUAGGUAGGCAGCCGGGCAGGUAUUUUGUUUCAGCCGGGAUCCAGGUGCCGUACCUAGCCUUCGCGGAUGACAUGCUUGUCUUUACUAGAUGCUCUGAGGAGUGUCUGACCGCAGUUAAGGCUUUCCUUGCAGAGUAUCAAGAAGCGUCGGGCCAGAGGGUGAAUGUCGACAAGAGCUCAUUUUUCUUGGCGUCGGGGGCUACUUCGGGGCAGGAGCACAUGGUCGCUAGGGUCCUGGGUUUUCACAGGCAAUCUUUCCCGUUUGUUUAUCUGGGUGCCCCUAUUUAUAAGGGUCGGCGGAGGAAUGUGCUUUUUGAUGGGAUUGUGGCUAAAAUGCGGGCUCACCUUGGCCAUUGGAGUACUAAGCUGCUCUCAUUUGGGGGUAAGCUGGUCUUAGCGAGGCAUGUCUUAGCGUCGUUGCCUAUGUACUUACUUCAGGUGGUUAAUCCCCCAAAGGCGGUGUUGACACGUUUGGGAGUCAUUUGCAACACCUUCCUGUGGGAUCGAAUGGGGGAGAGGCGUAUACAUUGGUCAUCUUGGGACAAGUUAUGCUUUCCGCUUGAGGAAGGGGGUCUGGGGUUUAGGUCUUUUAAGGACUUGGCAAGGGCUUUUGCGGCUAAACUUUGGUGGCGUUUCCGGUGUGGAGAUUCAAUGUGGGCGGAGUUCAUGCACGCCAAAUACUGUAGUAGGAGCCAUCCAUCGGAUGUCUCUUCUGUUCGGCCGUCAGCUACUUGGCGGCGGCUUGAGGCGAUUCGGUCUUGGGUUGAGCCGAACAUGAGGUGGUGUGUAGGUAAAGGCCUAGUAGAUUUUUGGAAGGAUAGAUGGGUGCUUCAGGACCCGUUAGAGGUGGUUGUGGGCCGAGGUGAGAGGCCUCAUUUUCUGGUGGCGGAGUUCAUUUCGGAUGCAGGCUGGGAUGAGGUUCGUCUUGCCAAGUGGGUUCCGGGUUUUGUCAUCCGUGCAAUCAAGGACAUACCCUUUGAUCUGUCCCAGAAGGAUAGGUUGGUUUGGUCGCUUUCGCCGUCGGGGACUUUCUCGGUCAAGUCGGCAUGGGAGUUGCUUCGGCAACGGCGACAUCACUCCUUGGUCGACUCCUUACUGUGGUCGCCGGUUUUGCCAGCCAAAAUGUCAUUUUUUGCUUGGAGGUUAGUGCGAAACUUCCUCCCUUUGGAUGUGGGGUUAAGGUCUCGAGGUUUGCCUCUUCCCUCGAGAUGUGGGUGCUGUUACCGGGAGGAGGAGACGCUUCUGCAUGUUUUUCUGUCAGGUCCGGUAGCUUCGGAAGUUUGGAGGAGAAUCUCUGCCUGGUUUGGGUUUCACUUGAGUAAUUGCCCGAGUAUGGCGUCGGUGUUUAUCUCUUGGUACUUUACUUCAGCAACAUCGGCAAAAAAUCAUAUUCGGGUUUUUAUGCCAUUAGUGGUGUGUUGGUUUCUUUGGGUUGCUAGGAACCAGGAGCGCUUUCAGGGAGUACGGUGGGAGGUGAACAAGAUAAUCCGUGAGGUGGAUUAUUUUUGGGAACAGCUUGGGAAGGCAAAUAAGCUUCGCCGGUCGCAUUUCACGGGGGAUGUCGAUUGUGAGUUGGUUCAAUGGGUCAAGGCUCCUUCUCGGAGAAGGGCUCCGUGUGCGAUUGCCUGGAUCAAACCGCCGCCUGGUGUGCUGAAACUCAAUUCGGACGCCAGUGUGGUUCAAGGUCUGGCCACGGGUGGUGGUCUGCUGCGCGAUUGUCAGGGGAAAUUGAUUUUUGCUUUCUACAAGGAGUUCAGGGAUCAGGAUGUGUUAGGGGCGGAGUGUAUGGCAUUAUUGUUUGGUCUGCAGUUGUGUUCACAAAAGGGGCUGCGUCCUUCGUUGGUGGAGGUGGACUCCAAGGCUUUGGUGCAGUUGGUCGUUUCGGGGGCUAUUGCUAAAUGGCCUUUGUGUAACAGUUUGAGGAAAGUGAGAGGUCUCCUCAAGGACUUCACUGCUUCCAUUUCACAUAUUUACCGUGAGGCCAACGUACCUGCAGACCGGUUAGCUGCGGUUGGGGCAACUGGUGCCCAGGUAUAUGAGCACGAGCUCCAGCUGCCGGCGAUGGUUAGGGCUACUAUUCUCCUUGACUCUCGUGGGGUGCCGGGUGUGCGUUGGAUAAAUGAAGGCGAUUAG